ACGAUCUCUACCACGUCUGUUCCCAGGUUCUACAUAUAUCCGCUGCAUGAUAUAAUAUCCAACAAGGCGCCGGACCCCUGCAGAUUUUGAGUGGAGGGGACGGAGGCACUGCCGAAUCAACACGACGGAUGGGAAACGGCAACAACAGUUAUGAUGCCUGCUAGGUCGGGCGCCGACCCGGAAGCCCAAUGGCCGCCGCGAUCGCCCCACGAUGUCCUCCUCAGCACGCCCAAGGGACGCGAACGAUUGCGACGCAUGGCCGAGCGGGCAUCACCCUCACCGUCCCCCAGUAAGCGAGGUCGAAUAACGCCAUCCUUCGCCUCUCGGUCUAUAAAUCCGCGGCGCAACAAUGCGGACGAUAUGGAUAUAGAUAUGGACGGAGAUGAAGAAGAUGACGAGGAAGACGAAGAGAUGCUACAAUUGAAACUGGAGGCUAUCCAGGCAAAACUAAAACUAAAGAAACUACAAAGCGCCAAGGCAAAGAAGGCGUCUGGAGGAGAUGCGAACUCGACACGGACCGAGUCGAACCCUAUACCAGAUAUAUCAGUACGCAGACGAGCCCAAUCGCAAAUAGAAUUGUCACGGCCGGCACCGGCGCCACGGUCACAGUCGCAGGCAGAAAUACAAGUCCCAGUAUCACCAGUAAGGAGAGCGCCGAUACCGCAACCCGACAACUCACCUAGCAGAGUACGUCUAGGUAUCGAUAAAGGAAUCAAAGCGAAGGAUGUAUCGUUGAAGAGGGCACCAAGUCUGAGAAAGACUACGGAGAACAGCAAUGGAUCACAGGGAGGCUAUCUUCGAAGAGCACACACGCCCUCUCUUGUCAAUGCCGAGCAACCUACAAAGCAGGAACGCCCAAUGACUUUCAGCGAGCGGUUAGCCGCAGCCAGGUCAGAGGAGCAAAGCCGACAGGAGAGGCGGGAGAGGAUAAAACAAGUAAGAACCAAUGCUUUCGAACUGGGACGACAGGAGAUGGAGCAGUUCAAAAGCAACGCCCAGGAGAUUCCCGAUCUACCAGUACAGCCGGAGCAAUUCAGCCACGAAGAGGUCAUGGCCGGUAGUCAACUCAGACGCAGUAAUACGAUGCCAAGUCUGAGACGACCUACGUUAGAUGAGAAUCGCUCAGGGAGCAGCCUGGGAGGAGGAAGCGAUUCGCAAGCAAGUCAGAGUAAGAAAGUAUCUCCCUCCGAGGUGCCGGAAGAGGAAGCAUCCGCGUUCGAACCCUACUCAGCCGUCCACCUCUCCAAACGGGUGAUACCGCACCCGGUCCUCACGCGCAAUCUAGCAGGAAAAAAGACAUACGUUAUCAAGGACCUCCUCAAGCACGUCAAAGCACCCGAAUUUCAGCUCCCGGAAAUCGAGCAAGACAUAGUCGUCUUCGGGAUCCUAGCCUCCAAAUCGGACCCACGCUCGCACAAGACAUCCAACAACAAUCUCAAGGAGAAGACGCAGACCGAUCCGGCCAAGGGGAAGUACAUGGUCCUGCAGCUCGUCGACCUGCAAUGGGAGCUCGAGCUCUUCCUCUUCAACUCGGGCUUCGACCGGUACUGGAAGCUGACGCCGGGCACGCUCCUCGCCGUGCUCAACCCGAACAUCAUGCCGCCGCCGCCGGGCCGCACCGACACGGGCCGCUUCAGCCUCGUCAUCAACAGCGGCCAGGACACCAUCCUCGAGAUCGGGACCGCGCGCGACCUCGGCUUCUGCAAGUCCAUCAAGAAGGACGGCGAGCCGUGCAACGGCUGGGUCAACCGCAAGCGCACCGAGUUCUGCGAGUUCCACAUGAACCUCGGGCUCGCCAAGCACCGGCAGGCGCGCCAGGACGUCAACGCCUUCAACACCGGGCUCGGCCCCCGCAGGCACGGAGAUGGUAACGGCGGCGGGAGGGGCCAUAAGAACUCGUACCGCCUGCACGACUGGGAGGGCCACGCCAACGACCCGAAGAAGAAGGGGGGGCGGGGCAACUUCGACCGCGCGACGGGGAGCCAGCUGUUCAUGAACAAGCAGAGCGCGGCCAGCAUGCUCGACAACGAGAUCAUAGGCGGCCGCGUCGCGGACACGAUGGAGCGCGGCGAGGCGCUCCGACGCCGGCUCGCGACCGAGGAGAAGGAGCGCGAGCUCAUGAAGACCUUAGGCAAGAUCGGGUCCGGCGCCGGCAAGGAGUACAUGCAGAAAGGGGGCACGGGCGCUACUGCCAGUAGGAACGGUGUCAUCAGCACCCAAGGUACCCUAGGCUCGUCGUUCCCCGGGUCGACGACGGAAGACCAGCCGAGACAGGACGCCGAUGCUAGGGCCCUCGGCUUAGUCCGUCCCAAGGGCAGCGAGCCGAAGAUGCAUCUCAGCCCCGUUAAGCGCAAGCGCAGCGACAACAGCUCGUUCGGGUCCGUAUCCGUGUCCGGGUCCGGCACAGGUUCCGGCACCGGCAGCAAACCGGCGCUCGGCUGGGGCGGCGGGUUAAGGGAUAAGCUGUCGCGCAUGAAAGAUGGCGAGAGGCUGCGGCCCGCGACCUCGGCUUCUUCUUUCUCCUUCUCGAACCCGAACUCUAGUAGCGUGGCAGGGGGCGACAGGGACGCGAGCGGCACCGAUGACGCGGGUGGUGGUGGCCGCGGCCGUAGCGGUUCCAUGCGCUCCCCCGCCCGCAAAAAGACGCGGUUCGUCACCGAGAAGGGCAUUCGCGAGGCCGGGCGCGAGAGCCUGGGCGGCGAGCUGGGUUCGGCUGAAGGCGAUGCCCUCGCCAAAAUGGAUGCCAAAUCCGCGGGUAGCCAGCCUAGCAGGCAGAGGAGGGUGGUCGUUCUAGACGACGAUGACGAUGAUGACGAGUUGGAGAUCCUUCGGUAGCGAGGGCGAGAGAGGGAGCUAAGAAGUGAAGAUGAGGUGUUUAUAUACCCCCUAACAUACAUACAUAACCCCCAACCGUUUUAACGUUAAUCCCAAAUUCCUUUUGUAUCCUGUGCAUACGGCAUGGUACGAGCAUCGGUAUCGAAGACAAGACCCAGACUAAGGCGAAAAAU